AUGCAAGAAGGUGAAGUCGAUAAUGUUGGGGAAAGUGAAAGAUCUGCGGCAAAGGAACAGGAAAGUGUUGAUUUGACUACGGGCCAAGAAACAGACGCCUCAUCGUCAAUGGAAAUACAACAGCAACAACAACACCUGCAGCAUCAGCAGUCUAUGAAUGAAGCCGCUAUGUUAACGACAACAGCAGAUACAAUGACAUCGCAAGCUUUGCAGUUGACGUCUGCAGGUGCAGCACCGACGACAAACACAACACAAAAUACGAGCGCUGCUACGGGUAGUGGGGUCUCAGUUGGCGAUGGCAGCAAUGGUAAUGGUGUUGGUUUGGAUGCAAAUGCAGCUGGAACUGUAGUCGAUGCUGAUAGUGUUGCCGAUAAAGCUGAUGACAGCGAUGUGGCCGAUGAUGAUGCCGACGAUGAGACUAAAGAUAAUUACGAGGGUUUCAAUGGAACGGGUCGUAACAUAACCCUACAAACAUUGAUGAGCGCAAAUGUGUUGCAGCCGGGCAAAUCGGUUAUGACCAUUGAAUAUUUGGGACAGAAAUUUGUCGGCGAUCUAUUGCCGGAUGGUAAAAUAAAAUCACAGGAGACGGAAACUGUUUUCCUAACGCCCAGUGCCUGGGCUAUGAAUUGUAAGCGGAUCAUUAAUCCGGAAAAGAAAAGCGGUUGCGGUUGGGCUUCCGUGCGUUAUAAGGGCAAGAAAUUGGAUGCAUUUAAAAAUAGUUGGUUGAGGAAGUGUGCACAGCAUAAGGAUUCCAUAUCGGAGGAUAUUGAGGAUGUGGACAAAAAAUGUGAAUCUCCACAGCCGGUGGUAAAGAGAACAGUAUUUCAACACAAUACCAUUACAAAUCGUAAUGUUAUGCAUGAUGCAAAUAUGCUCAUCGAAGCGGUGCCAUUUACAACACUUGGUAAAUUGCAACCAUUUCUAUUGACAAUAAACUCCUCAGCAUUAUUAUUGGCCGAUUUUCAUUGUCAUUUGACGAUGCAUGAAGUGUGCGGUUAUUUAGGUGGCACCUGGGAUAUUAAUUCGCACACUCUGGCAAUUACAAAAGCCUAUCCUUGUCGUAAUACCAGAUUUGAUCGUGGUAAAGCUGCUGAUAUUGAACGUGAUAUACAAAAGAAUAUGUCCAAGGAUCAAUUGCUAUUGGUUGGUUGGUAUCAUUCACAUCCGAAAUUUCAAGCAGAACCUACACUACGGGACUGUGAUGCUCAACUGGACUGUCAAAUAAAAAUGAGGGGAGCUUCUGAUGCCACUUACACUCCAUGUGUUUCGUUGAUUAUAUCGCCGUAUUUCGAUGAAAACCCCACACUCGAAUCUGUGGUCAAAUCCAUAUGGGUUAUGCCACCAAAUGAAAAUAAACAAGCCCUCGAAUAUGGCCGCCCGAUGUUAAUGCAAUAUUCCGUAUUACCCGAUAAGGAAAUACCCGAAGAAGUACGUUCCGAAAUACAAUCAUGUGUUGAUUAUUAUUCACAAUUUCGUAAUGAAGUUGUACGUUUUCAAAAUAUCUACAACGAUGAUGUAACAUUUAUUGAGAAGCUAAAAAACACUUUAUAUCCCAAAUUCCCGCUAAAACAAAAUGACAAAGCAUUAUGGAAUUGGAUAUGUGCUGUAUUGGGUUGUGAACAAGAGGAUGAUUUCAUACCUCCAAAGACAAUAAAAAUUAUUGAUAUUAAAGAUGAUCCACCAAAAGUGGAUGCUGCUACAGCUGGUGAAAAAUUGGAGGUUAAGCCAGAGGAGGAGUUAAAAUCGGACACCGAGACAUUGGCACAAAAAAUUACGGCCGCAGAGGAGGCAUUACGUGCAGCUGAGGAGCAAUCGCAGGCUGAACAAAAGGCCAGUGAAUUGAAGGUGUUGUCAUUGCAGGAACAACUUUGUUUGCCAUCUGGUUUAAAUAUGAAUCCGGUGCGUAUGUUGUCUCCAUUGGCUACCCCAAAUCCAACUGCUGGAGUGGCAGCCACUACAACCAGUGCUUCGGGAAUAGCACCAAUUAUUACACCUUUGACACAACCACCAGCCCCAGUGACAGCAGUACCUUCUUCGGUGCUUCUGCCGCCAAUGCCACCUGCAAUACCCACUCUACCACCUGCUGGUGUUUCAAAUUUGCCCUCUGCCUCUCCUAGAGAUAGUCCCAUUACAAUACCCUCUAACUCCGCUUCGCCGGCUAAAUUUGAAUUACCUGUUCGGGCAUCUCCCUCACCAGCAAAAUCCGACACAUCAUCCCAUACAUCAAGGACCAGAAAUUCACCAGCUCCCAGCCCUGGUAAAUUUAGUAUUAGCGACAUAGCCCGCAAUAGUCCCAGUAUAACACCCACAAAUAAAUUCGAUCCUUCAUCUGUGGGUGGCCUUGUACCACCAUCAGCAACUGGAUCUGUGCCUCAUAACUUGCCCACAGCUAAUGACUUGAUGGCUGCAAGUUUAGCUCAAUUGGCCGGUCAAUUGCCACCCAACUUUUUGCAAGGGGAUUUGGCUGCCCUGUUUCAACAACGUAAAGAAUAUGGUAAUACUUCGCUCAAUCAAUUGGCUGCAGCUGCUGCCAAGGUUGGUGGUGGCUCGGGAAAUCAAUCACAACAGAACAAAUCACAAAAUUCCUCCUCUGUUUCAUCUUCGUCAUUACCAUCAGCUGCUGCCUCCGGUAUGCCUGACUUUUCAGAUCCAAAUGUGGCAGCUGCAGUUGCCGCUUAUUCGCAACAAUUUAAUAUGCCACGUUUACAGGAUAUGCUACCGCAAGCCCCAGCACCGGCUCCCGCACCUGCAUCCACUAAAUCAAAAUCUGAAAGAUCAUCAAAAUCUUCAUCCUCCUCUUCAUCUUCUUCCUCAUCAUCGAACAGUUCGAAUUCGUAUAAGACGAAAUUAAUGAAGGAAUUGGAUGAGUUCAAAAAUGAUCCAUUGAAAAUGUCUGAGUUGAUACGUUCACCGGAAUAUGCUGCCCUACUAUUGCAACAGGCGGAGGCAUUGGGGGCCACCACAUUGGGAACAUUAGGUUUUGGUGCUGAUUUUAGUUAUUUGGCCAGUGCUGCUGGUCUACAGCCAACACCCACACAGGGGGGAAGUAAAAGUAAAAAUUCCUCGGCUGCAGCAGCGGCCGCCAAUGCUGCUGCUGCCGCAUCCGCAGCAGCUCUAUCGGCGGAUUAUAACAAUCUCUUGCAAUCCUAUUCCUAUUUACAACAACAAUCCAAGACAAAUGAUUUGAAUGCAUUCCUGCAACAACAAAUGACUGCGGCUGCAGCAGCUGCAGCCAUUAGUGUACCACCAGCUGUAUCACCAUCUACAUCGAAAAAACAACAACAGCAACAUCAGCAGCAACAACAACAGCAACAAAUGCAUGCCGACUAUACAACAUUGCUGCAAACCUACUCUAAGCUCUUUGAUCCGACAAGUCAGUUUUCAGCUCUUACAGGAGGUAAGGGUGGACCAACACCCCAUGAAUUGUCUGCUCUUCUCACAGCUGGUAUAACAGGAGGAGCUGGUGGUGGUGUUCCUUCAUCCUCUGGCAGUUCUUCCUCCUCGGCUAAACAAAAACACAAGGAAGCUCAACAACAGCAACAACAACAACUUGCCCAACAAACCGAUAUGCUUAAUCAGCUAUUGCAGUCCGAAAAGCAGCAAUCGGAUUUAAAUGCUUUGCUCUAUCAUCAGAAUAAGGCAGCUGCUGAUUUAAAUGCCCUCUUCGCACAACCGACAUCGGCACCACCAUCCUCAAAUACACCCUCAUCUUCGAAAUCAGGUGGUGGUUCUGGACCCAAUUCUACUGGAGCCCCCUCACCACUCACCGAUCCAGCUGCCGCCUAUUACAAUGCGUUGGCCCAAGAGAAAAUGCAAGAUUAUGCAGCAUUUUUCCAACAACAUCAACAGCAGGCUGGUAAAUUUGGUAUACCCGAUCCAUUGGCCAAAUCGACAUUGGCUGCCAAUAAUCUCUUUAUGUCACCGUCGGCUUUGUUGAAAAUUCAACAAGAAUCGCUGAAUGCCAUGAUGAUGAAACCACCCAAAUCGACAAGUUCAUCGUCGCGUAACCGCGAGUCGUCCGCUUCGCCGGCAUUGGAGCGUCUAACUCCCACCAAAUCUGGGGUAACCGGGGGCUCAUCGACACCCGGUGGUGGCAAGUAUAAUUUUAGUGCCGUGGAUUUGGCCAUAUCAAGUGUUCCCUCGAAUACACCAUCGCCGGCACCAUCAGAUGGUAGCAAUUCGUCUGCACAUCGACGCCCCUCAAAUACACCGCCAGUUGAUUUGACACGACUCUAUGGAGAAUUGGCACCGCAUGGUUCAUUGGCGGCAUUGAGUGCUGGCUUGGGUGCUGCUGCUGCCGCCGGUCUAGGUGGUGUGGGCACCAAGAAACGCAUGGAAUUUUCAUCUAUUGCCGAUUUAGCUGCACCACCUCCAGCCAAAAUUCCCAAGACUGGUGAUGAUGUUUUAAAUUUAUCAAAUGAAUAA